UUUUUAAAUGCUCUGAAUGUACUGAAAAUUUACAGAAAGAUGUACAUGCAUAUAUGUGCAUUCACUAAAUUUUUUGAAAUGGCUGCCGCUUAGUGGCAAUGGGGGAAGGGUGCCAUCCGCUAUUGCUUGCAAUGGCAAUUCUAGUUAUUAUUAAGGUCUUUCCACUCCGUUAGGAAAGACCUUAUUGUUUUUCUAAUGUUUUUUUUUAAGGUCUUUCCACUCCGUUAGGAAAGUCCUCAUUGUUUUUCUAAUUAAGGUCUUUCCACUCCGUUAGGAAAGACCUUAUUGUUUUUCUAAUGUUUUUUUUUCUUUUUCUUUUUCUUUUUCUUUUUUUUUUUUUCUUUUUUUUCUUCCAACAUUUUUUUGGGAAUGCCCUCCCCCCGUUUUUGUUGAAGUUAUCAAGACCAAAUAUGGACCAUCGACAGACCUCAUCAUGAAGUAUUACCAGAUGACCCUGUUAAGGAUUUCAUCAUCCCCUGUAGAAGUUAUCUCCCUUUUAUUGGAUUUUUUCGACAUGGCCCCAACUCGUUGUUUUUUUUAGAAUAUCAUGACCUUAUUUGGACAAUAGGUAGAUCUCAUCAUGAUGUACUACCAUAUGAGGCUGCAUAGGAUUUCAUCAUUCCCUAUGCAAGUUAUAUCCCCUUAAAGCAAUUUCUUUCCUUUGCAUUUUUCUCAGAAAGUCUUAGGGAUAGAAUCGAUUUGAAAACAGCAACAUGUACAAGAACAGAUGGCAAUGUUAAUGAACAUACAAAAUAAUUUUGUUAUUGACCCUUAUAAGGAGUUAUUUCUCUUGAAAAAAUAUACACAAUUUUUGAAAAAUUGUAUUUCGAGAACCGUAAGUCGUAGAGACUUGGGACCUACACCAAUAAUCUUAAGUUCAUGUGACUUUCAAUUUGCACCCAAGGUCAAAGGUCACUGAGUGCAAAAAACAAUUACGCUGCAAUUUCAACCUUGCAUAUUAAGAAAACGAUAAGAGUUUGCUGCAUACAUACUGUGUAUAAAAUGUUCCUCUCGACAAGCUCUACAUUUUAUUCUUUAAGCUCAAUAAUGUCCGACCGUCUGUUCAAAAGUUACAUUAACAUAAUUCUUAAAACUAUAGUAACAUAUGUAUAUCUUUUAAAAGGUAACAGAUAUCAACCUACUAUAAACUGCAAAGAUGAUCAGUAAUUCAAGACCUUCAAUUUGAGGUCAAUGUCAGGUCAUGAUGAAAUUUUACCUUGACCUUCAAAGUCUACUAUGACCUUGACCUUGUAAUUUUUGAAAGGUCAAUAUGGUCCUGAGUUGAAUGGUGGUAGUCUUAUGUCUCUACGACUUCCGGUUCUUAAGUUUGGUAUUGCAUCAUAUAUUUGACGAUUCAUUGUGACCUUGAUUAACUUCAGAAUUGUCCCAAAUUUUUUUUUACAAUAUUGUUCUUUUACUGUAGAUCAUUUUACUUUUAACAGAUUUGAGAUAUCUGUUGUUUUUUUGGAGAUAAUGCAGUUUGAAAUUUUGCGAGCGGCGGCAUGUAUUUCUGAAUCAACAACAGGAAACAAACAUGGAAAAACUACAUGCAAAAUAGAAGAAAAAAUAAAAAAUUCAGGGAAAAAGAAUUAAUAGCUCAAAGAUAUUCAAGACAAGUAAAAGAUUUAAAAAAAAAAGAACUUGUCGCUAAAAGGGAAAAAAGAAAGGAUAAAACAUAUAGAAAAACUGAAACAGAAAGAAAAAAGUCUCAAAGGGAUACUUUUGAUUUAAGAAAAAUCGAGAGACAAAGAGAACUUCUUUCUAAAAGAGAGGCUAGAAAGAAUAAAGAUUUUAAAGAGAAAGAACUUGUUGCUAAAAGAGAAGUUAGAAAGGAUAAAACAUAUAGAAAAGCUGAAACAGAAAGAAAAAAGUCUCAAAGGGAUAAUUUUGAUUUUAGAAAAAUCGAGAGACAAAGAGAACUUCUUUCUAAAAGAGAGGCUAGAAAGAAUAAAGAUUUUAAAAAGAAAGGACUUGUUGCUAAAAGAGAAGUUAGAAAGGAUAAAACAUAUAGAAAAGCUGAAACAGAAAGAAAAAAGUCUCAAAGGGAUACUUUUGAUUUAAGAAAAAUCGAGAGACAAAGAGAACUUCUUUCUAAAAGAGAGGCUAGAAAGAAUAAAGAUUUUAAAAAGAAAGAACUAGUUGCUAAAAGAGAAGUUAGAAAGGAUAAAACACAUAGAAAAGCUGAAACAGAAAGAAAAAAGUCUCAAAGGGAUAAUUUUUAUUUAAGAAAAAUCGAAAGACAAAGAGAACUUCUUUCUAAAAGAGAGGCUAGAAAGAAUAAUAAUGUCAAAAGAAAUGAAGCAGAAAAGAAAAAAAUAGCAAGACAAGAUGAAAUGUAUCGAAAACAUGAGUCAGAACGAGACUUCCAAAGAAAACAAGAACAUAGGUCAAAUCCAGAAAAUUUAGAGACUGAGCGUUUGGCAAAACAGAUUUCUAGACAGAAAAACCUCGACAAAGAUAGAAGUUAUAAUCAGUCAGUCAAAAGUACUAAAAGAAAAAGCACUUAUUUUACAGAUCAUGAAAAAGAAUUAAAAAAAAAAGAAUUCAAGGUAUAACCCUUGAUGCUUGCAUAAGAAAUUUUGAAAAAAAAAAUUAAUGAAGGUCCCACAUAUAUAUGUACUUCAUGUCAUCAAACUUGGUUUUGUGAUUCUGUAGUUAAUGCAAAAACUUUGAAAAUGAAUACUCCUGCUAACAUGUCUCAUUGCUUUACUAAUUUUAAAUCUGUACAGCACAUAGAAUGGAUUUGCCACACUUGUCUUAAUGCAAUUAAAAAUAAAAAAAUUCCUAGAUUUUCAAUUGCCAAUAAAAUGGGAUUUCCUCAAAAACCAAAAGAAUUAAAUUUGUAUCCUUUAGAAGAGAGACUAUGGUCAUUAAGAAUUCCUUUCAUGCAGAUUCGACAGUUGCCUAGAGGUGGACAGUUGUCAGUUAAAGGCAAUGUUGUAAAUGUUCCUGUUUGAAGUUCAACCUACAAUCAAUUCACUUCCACAUACGAUAGAGAAAUCUGGUACAAUAUCAGUUAAACUGAAAAAGAGACUAUUAUUUAAAAAGUGUGAUUUUAGUGAAAAUGUUAGACCAUUUGCUGUUAUUUGUGCAUUACAUUAUUUGAUGAGAACAAGUGACUUAUACAAGUCUUCUGGAAUAGAAAUAAAUGAUGGUUGGAUUACAGAAAUAGCAAAAUUGAAUGAUGAAGAAACACAAAAUCAAAACAAUAAUACAGAACAAGAGGAUAUUGACGAUCAAAAUGAUACAGACGAGGACUCAGAUCAUUUCAGUGAAGUAGAUGAGAAUGAAACACAAGUUGGAAAUACAGAUACACUGUAAGAUUACAUUCCAGAUGACAAUCCACCAUGUGAUACAAGUUUAAUUUUUGCUCCAGGUGAAGGCCAGCGACCAAUAAGUCUCUACAGUGAUCCUGAUGCAGAGUACUUAUCUUUUCCAACUAUAUUUUGUGGCCAAAGAAGGCCAGAUAACAAAGAAAGGUCUGUUUCUGUUCACUAUACUGAUAUUGUUAAAUGGGAACUAAGGUCCAUGGAUAGGAGAGUAGCACAGUCUGUACCAAACAUAUUUUUCAAGUUGAAGAAAAUUCAGUUAAAAAAUAUAAGUGAUAAGGUAAAUCUUGCUCUCAGAAGGUGUAAAACAGAUGGAAAAACAUGGACAGCAAAAGAUGUACUGAAUCCCAAUACUGUAAAUGAUAUUGUAAGAUUGGAUGAAGGUUAUUAUAUCUUUAGAAGUUUAAGAAAUUCUCCAGUAUACCUUGAAAAAAGGAAGAAAGAUUUGUUUGCAAUGAUCAGGCAAUUGGGUCUUCCAACAUGGUUUGGCUCGCUUUCAUCAGCAGACACUAACUGGAAAGAUUUGUUACGAAUUCUAGGCAAGUUAAAUGAUGGCAAAGAGUAUACUGACAGUGAAUUGAAAGAAAUGAAUUGGAAUCAGAAAUCAAAACUUGUUCAGAAAGACCCUGUGACAUGCUCUAGAUAUUUUGAUUAUCGUGUCCAACAGUUUAUCAACUUGGUUUUGAAAAGUGAUCAUAAUCCUAUUGGGAAAUUGACAGAUUAUUUUUAUAGGGUUGAAUUUCAACAGAGAGGUUCACCACAUAUUCAUAUCUUGAUUUGGAUUGAAAAUGCACCAGUAUAUGGAAGCGAUUCAAAUGAAGAUGUAGUAGAAUUUAUUGAUAAAUAUGUCUCCUGUUCACUUUUAGAAAAUAACACUAGUUUAGUCAAUUUGCAAGUUCAUAAACAUUCAAAAACAUGCAGAAAAAAAGGUCACCCAAUCUGUCGUUUUGGUUUCCCCCUUCCACCUAUGAAAGAAACAGUAAUUUUAGAGCCUUUGAAAGAAAAUGAAGACAUAGAAAAGUUCAAGGCUAUAUUUAAAGAAGUACAAAAUGAAAUUAAUUCACUUCACAAUUCUGAAGAUAUAGACCUAAUGACAUAUGACACGUUUUUGCAUGAUGUGUUGCAAAUGAAUAAUGAAAAUUACAUAAAGGCCAUUAGAAGCAACUUGAGUGGUCCGAAAGUUUUUCUCAAACGUAAACCAUCUGAAGUCCGUGUUAAUGCUAACAUAAAAACUGUGUUGGUAGCUUGGCAAGCUAAUCAUGAUUUACAGUUUGUUAUAGAUGCAUUUGCAUGUGCAGUGUAUAUUGUUUCAUACAUAAGCAAGUCACAAAAAGGUAUGAGUGCAUUAUUAGACCAAGCAGCAAAAGAAGCACGACAGGGAAAUUUAGACUUGAAGCAUCAAGUAAGGCACAUUGGUAAUUACUUUUCAAAUUCUGUUGAAACAAGUGCACAAGAAGCAACAUACUUAACACUACAGAUGCCUCUAACAAAAGCUACAAGACAAGUUGUAUUCAUUAAUACAUCUCCACGAGACAAAAGAACUUUCCUCCUAAAGCAAUCAUCAGCCUUAGAAAAACUAGGCCCAGACUCAACUGAAAUAGAAUCAGACAAUGAUAUUAAAAGAUACUCGCAAAGACCAAAACAACUGGAGAACUGGUGUCUAGCAGACUAUGUAUCUCAGCUUGAAUUGCAGUAUCCUAAAACUUCAGAGACCUCAGAUCAUGAAACAGAACAGCAGGAAAAUGAAUCUGAAAGUGAAAAUGAAGAGGAAAAUGCAGAUGUUAUAGAAGAAAACAAUAACAAAAUCAACAUAACCCUGAAGAAUGGUAUUAGAAUAUACCAAAGAAAAACACCCAAGGUUAUAAGAUAUGUUAAAUACAAUUACAA